ACCAAGGGAGUUAUUUCUUCAGCUUUCCAAGGCGUGGCAGAUCUGAUGCAGGAGAAUUCUCAGUUUGAAAGAACUGGACCAGUUGCUGAUAGUGACACAGAGAGUUUUGAGGAUAUGUCUAUUGCUCAUGAGUGGUUGUCCUCAACUUCCUUAAAGGUGGAGCCAAUCACUGAAGAAUCUAUCAUUAACAUAUUAAAUCUUGUAGAAAUAACGUUGGGGCCACUAGCAGGAAGCCAUGAGGUCGAGAUACUGGAGAGAUCAAGAAAUGUCCUUGGUUUGGUUGAACUGAUAAGAGAAGAAUUACCUGGUUACUUGGUGAAAAGGGAAGAAGAUAAUGACAAGGGACAAAGGAAGACUCAUGAAAUGAUCAAACUAAUUGCUGAAGCCUUUUCGGAAGAGCUUGGUCCAGUUUCAGCAAGUUCUCAGGAAAAGGUACCUAUGCCCGAAGGAAUGGUGCUUAAUCAAAGUCUGGAUGAUCUGGAUGCCAUAUGUGGUGACUUUGGGUUGCAUAUACCUACUUCUUUCUCCCUUGGAAGAUCCAUUUCCUCAGAAAAGGAUGAUGUUACCAUGUCUCAUCGACAAAGUAAGGAAGAAUUGGAAUCAACUGAAUCAACAUCUCUUCUUGCUGAGCAUCGCAAACGCCAUGGGCUAUAUUAUUUACAGUCACAGAAAAAGGAGAUGGUAUAUGAUGAUUAUCCACCUGCUAACGACCUUAAGACUGGAAAUAAUGCUGACGAUGAGGCUGAUGAUCUGAUUAAGCUGACAGAACAAUCUCUAUUCACUAAGAAAAAGGCAAACCAACCAAGGCCUAGGCCAGUAGUGGUGAAACUAGAUGAUGGGGAUGGGCCUUUUAUCUCUGCCAAAAAGGUAGAGUUAAAAGAUGACCUAAUCUCUGGUGCUGUGAGAGAUGUUCUUUUAGGUGAUGAAGCAACAUCAUCAUCACGAACUAAGAAGUCUGACAAGUCAUCGAGUAAGAGAAGACAGAAGGGCAAGUUGGAUAUAGACAAGUCUUCCGGACCAAAAGAGGAUUCUAAAUCAAUGGAGAAUUCUGAACUAGAAAAUGCAAAUUUGAGAAAAAGCAAACGCCAUUCUCGUGGUAAAGAGAAGAAACAUAGAAGUACUGCAAAAGAUAGAGAUGAACAUGAAGAGGGAGAUAAGCAGAAGGUUAGCCAUCACCAUGGCAAGCAUAAAUCCCGACAAAGGGCGGAUGGGGCUCUAACAUUAGCAGCACAAUCAAAUGUUAUUCCUGAUUUUCUUUUGUAGCAAUGAGGGCUGGGAUCUUAAUCAUCAAUAUGAUAAAUUUGAUCACUACGGCUUAGGUGAGCUUCUUUUGUACAUUACACUUCAUUCUUUUUUCUGUUUUAGUUACUUGUUAUACUUGCAAUUGGUGAAGUGGGUUUUCUCCAUCUUUUCUGGUUUUUACUGUGUGAAAUCUCUUUUUUGGGAAGGGUAUAUCCUUGAGUUCUUAACACUUUGUACAAGGAAACCUUUACAAGGCCUUGACCGGUUAUGAUCCUUUGGUUCUAUUUGUUUUUCUAUUCGUCUCUCAUCUAUGUAUUCA